ACCAAAUUAAAUUCCUACCUUCAUCGCUUUCCCUUUGCUACAUCACCUGCAGACCAUUGUGACUCUCUCCCGAUCCCUCUCUUCUCCAUCUCCCAAUCUACACAAAGAAAUAUUAUCCCACCUCUCCUCCUCUCCACCCUCUUGUGUUGCACUGUCUAGCUUGCUUCGACGGACCGAUUCCUGGAUGGGAGUGACACCGUCGACAAGCAAAGCUUGGGUGAAGUGUAUCAUGCGAAGCCAAUUUUAAUGGAGGGCACAGGACAAGGGAGCCAACCAGUGUCUGGAGGGAAUCCAGAACAUGUAGGUUCCUAUCAAGAUGUGCAGAGGUUGCCGCGCAGGAAUAACUGGACGAUUUCUAGUGAUGAAGCACUAGUUGACCUAUUGUUGGAGGAAAGCAAGCAGCCUGGUGUGUGUUCAGGUUCCUUUCGACCGGAAGCAUGGUUCAGAAUAUGGAAUGAGUACCAAAAAAGGACCAGAGAAGACACCACUUUGCCCCAGUUGAAAGGUAGAUGGAAGACUUUGAAGAAGCUAUACAAGUUGCAUUCGUCAUUGGUUGGUAAGAGUGGAUGGUCAUGGGAUUUUGACACUCAAAGACCAACCCCUGGUUGUCCAAUGGUGUGGGAGGAGAUUAUUAAGCUCAACAAGGAAUACAAAGUUUGCCGAGAUAAGCCUUUCCCAUUGUUUUUGAAGAUCCAUGAUCUUGUGGCUUCAUCCACCGCAAAUGGGCAAUACGCUAGCCACACGGGUGGCUCGGUGAGAGCCGAUGAUCUUGUUGUUAACUUGGACGAGGGAUCCGGUUCAUCAGAUAGUCUUGUUCUUCAUGUUGACAAGGACACAAUCCCAUCGCAUUCAACGGGCAAGAAAGUUUCUUACAACAAUGCCUCAUCCAUGACUAAAAGGAAACAAUUAGAUCAUCCAAAUCCUAGUGUGUCAAAGAAGAAAAGUUCUGACCACACAGUGGAAGCGCUAAAUCGAUUAAUAUCUUUGAGUGAUCGUAGAAGCAAGAUCAUGGAACAAAGCAAGGAAGAGGAUGAUAGUUUCUCCUUUAAGACUUGCAUGGAGAAAUUGUCCUCUAUGCCGGGAGUCAGUGAUGUGGAGGUAUGUGUUGCGGCCGAGGCAUUGAAAUCGCGUGAAAAUAGGAUUUUCUUCAUGACUAUGCGACAAUCGGUUAUAGAUUGUUGGUUGAGUCUACGUAUGAAGGAAUUCCGUCAGCAGGUAGAGUAGUUUCCAAGUUAUGCUCGAAGUUCUUGGACGGGUUGAUGUUUCAAAAGCUGAGAAUAUAUGUUCUGUAUGGACAUUAUCUAUAUAACAAAUGCUAGUGCAUUUGUUGUAUUUCAUGAAUUCUUGUAAAUGCAGUAAGUAAUGAACUAAUUGAUAUGUAUGUUCUGAACUUUUGAAUAAUGAAUUAUGCUUAUGUAACAACUACAAUUGGGUACUCUGAUAUGCAUUGUUUGUUGUGGAGUA